CUUGGCUCGGCCCUCGGUGAUUGGUCGCUGCUCGCGCGGUCUCCUGGGUGACGGGAACGCGGUAGCUGUAUAGGAGGAGCCGGGGUGCGCCUGCGCACUAAGGAGACCGCGCGGCCGCUAGAGCUCUGAGAUGAAGCGUGUUUUCUCACUACAAGAAAAGGCUUGGCUUGGCACACCAAUACAAUUUACCUGGCAAAAAGCAUCAGGGAACUACCUUGCAGUAUCUGGAGCUGAUCAUAUUGUGAAAAUCUUCGAUCGCCAUGGUCAAAAAAGAAGUGAAAUUAACUUACCCGGGAAUUGUGUUGCUAUGGAUUGGGAUAAAGAGGGAGAUGUCUUAGCCGUGAUUGCAGAGAAAUCUAGCUGCAUUUACCUAUGGGACGCCAACACAGAGAAAACCAGCCAGCUGGACAGUGCCAUGAGGGAUCAAAUGUCUUCCCUUCUUUGGUCAAAAAUUGGAAGUUUCCUGGCUGUUGGAACUCAUAAAGGAAAUUUGCUUAUUUAUAAUCGUCAGACAUCUCGAAAGAUUCCUGUCCUUGGAAAACACAUGAAGAAGAUAACCUGUGGCUGUUGGAAUGAGGAUAAUCUGCUUGCUUUAGGUGGCGAAGAUAGAGUGAUUACAAUUAGUAAUCAGGAAGGUGACACAAUAAGACAGACAACAGUGAGAUUUGAGCCUAGUGAUAUGAAGUUUUCCACGGUGAAGACUGGUGAGCGAGCCCCUGCUGCUGGCAACAUGAUAAGUGUGGUUGUUGGCAAGAAAGCUUUGUUUCUUUAUAAUCUGAAUGAACCAGAUGGCUCAGUAGAUCUGGAAUUUCAGCAGCGCUAUGGCAACAUUGUCUGCUAUAGCUGGUAUGGUGAUGGUUACAUCAUGAUUGGCUUUUCACUUGGCGUGUUAUUGGUUGUGUCUGCUCAUAUUCAGGAGAUGGGUCAGGAGAUAUUUCAGAUUUGUGACCAUAAAGAUAAUCUAACUAGCAUUGCAAUAUCACCAACUCUUAACAAAGCUGCUACCUGUGGUGACAACUGCAUUAAAAUCCAUGACUUGGCAGAACUGAAGGACAUGUAUGCUAUAAUCAACCUGGAUGAUGAAAAUAAAGGGUUGGGUACCUUGUCUUGGACAGACGACGGCCAGUUGUUGGCCUUGUCUACCCAGAGGGGCUCCCUCCAUGUUUUCCUGACCAAGCUUCCCAUCCUUGGGGAUGCCUGCAGCACAAGGAUCGCCUAUCUCACCUCCCUCCUGGAGGUCACCAUCGCCAACCCUGUGGAAGGAGAGCCUGCAGUCACAGUUUCUGUCGAUGUGGAACCCAACUUUAUAGCUGUGGGUCUUUAUCAUCUCGCGGUAGGAAUGAAUAACCGUGCCUGGUUUUAUGUCCUCGGAGAGAACGCUGUUAAAAAAUUAAAGGACAUGGAAUAUCUAGGAACAGUAGCCAGCAUUUGCCUUCAUUCUGACUACGCUGCUGCACUUUUUGAAGGCAAAGUCCAGUUGCAUUUGAUAGAAAGUGAAAUUGCGGAUGCCCAAGAGGAGCGGGAGACUCGGCUGUUCCCCGCGGUGGAUGACAAGUGCCGGAUUUUAUGUCAUGCCUUAACUGGUGACUUCCUCAUCUAUGGCACCGAUACUGGUGUCAUUCAGUAUUUCUACAUUGAAGACUGGCAGUUUGUUAAUGAUUAUCGGCAUCCUGUGGGUGUGAAAAAGAUUUUUCCUGACCCAAAUGGGACCAGAUUAGUUUUCAUUGAUGAAAAUAGUGAUGGAUUUGUCUACUGUCCAGUUAAUGAUGCUACCUAUGAGAUUCCAGAUUUUUCACCAACCAUUAAAGGUGUUCUUUGGGAAAACUGGCCAAUGGAUAAGGGUGUAUUUAUUGCUUACGAUGAUGAUAAGGUGUACACUUACGUCUUUCACAAGGAUACCAUACAAGGAUCCAAGGUUAUUUUGGCUGGUGGCACCAAAGUCCCCUUCUCUCAUAAACCUUUGCUGUUGUAUAAUGGAGAGCUGACCUGCCAGACACAAAGUGGAAAAAUAAACAACAUCUACCUUAGCACCCACAGCUUCCUUGAAGGUUUAAAAGAUGUGGGGCCUAAUGAACUGAGACAAAUGCUGGCACAGGCUCUAAUGCUCAAAAGGUUUUCUGAUGCCUGGGACAUUUGCAAGAUUCUGAAUAAUCGUGACGCCUGGAGUGAGUUGGCCAGUGCCUGUCUACUUCACAUGGAAGUGGAGUUUGCAAUUCGUGUUUAUCGAACCAUAGGAAAUGUCGGCUUAGUCAUGUCCUUGGAACAAAUUAAGGGAAUAGAGGAUCACAACCUUCUGGCAGGACACCUCUGCAUGUUCACUAAUGAUUUCAACCAGGCCCAGGACCUGUAUCUGGCAUCCAGCUGUCCCAUCGCUGCCUUGGAGAUGAGAAGAGAUUUACAGCAUUGGGACAGUGCCUUGCAACUGGCAAAGCGUCUGGCCCCAGACCAAAUUCCAUUUAUAUCGAAAGAAUAUGCUAUUCAGCUGGAAUUCACGGGUGAUUAUGUAAAUGCUUUGGCACAUUAUGAGAAAGGAAUAACAGGCGAUAACAAGGAGCAUGAUGCAGUGUGCCUGGCUGGGGUGGCCCAGAUGUCCAUCCGCAUGGGAGACAUCCGUCGCGGGGUCAACCAAGCCCUCACGCAUCCCAGUCGUAUCCUGAAGAGAGACUGCGGCGCCAUAUUGGAGAGUAUGAAGCAAUUUUCAGAAGCAGCCCAACUGUAUGAGAAAGGUCUCUACUAUGACAAAGCUGCAUCUGUUUACAUCCGCUGUAAGAACUGGGUCAAAGUCGGCGAGCUUCUGCCUCACGUCUCCUCUCCCAAGAUCCACCUGCAGUACGCCAAGGCCAAGGAAGCCGAUGGAAGAUACAAAGAAGCUGUUGUGGCUUAUGAAAACGCCAAGCAGUGGGACAGCGUGAUUCGCAUCUACCUGGAUCACCUCAACAACCCCGAAAAGGCCGUCAGUGUGGUCAGAGACACACAGUCUCUGGAUGGAGCCAAAAUGGUUGCCAGGUUUUUUCUCCGGCUAGGUGACUACGGGUCUGCCAUCCAGUUCCUUGUCAUGUCCAAGUGCAGCAGUGAGGCCUUCACCCUGGCUCAGCAACACAACAAGAUGGAAAUCUACGCAGACAUCAUUGGUUCUGAAAGCACCACAAACGAAGACUAUCAAAGCAUCGCCUUGUACUUCGAAGGGGAGAAAAAGCAUUUGCAGGCUGGAAAAUUCUUCUUGCUGUGUGGCCAAUAUUCACGAGCGCUUAAACACUUCCUGAAAUGUCCGAGCUCAGAAGAUAAUGUGGCUAUAGAAAUGGCCAUUGAAACUGUCAGCCGGGCCAAGGAGGAGCUGCUGACGCGGCAGCUGAUAGACCACCUGAUGGGGGAGAGCGACGGCAUGCCGAAGGAUGCCAAGUACCUGUUCCGCUUGUACAUGGCCAUGAAGCAGUACCAGGAAGCCGCCCGCACCGCCAUCAUCAUCGCCCGGGAGGAGCAGUCCGCAGGAAACUACCGGAACGCACACGACGUCCUCUUCAGUAUGUACGCCGAGCUGAAGGCGCAGAAGAUCAAAAUCCCUGCCGAGAUGGCCACCAACCUCAUGAUUCUGCACAGCUACAUCCUGGUGAAGAUUCACGUGAAAACCGGAGAUCACAUGAAAGUGGCUCGCAUGCUCAUCCGAGUGGCCAACAACAUCAGCAAGUUCCCAUCACAUAUUGUGCCAAUUCUGACGUCCACGGUGAUCAAGUGCCACCGGGCGGGCCUGAGGAACUCGGCAUUCAGCUUUGCGGCUAUGCUCAUGAGGCCCGAGUACCGCAACAAGAUUGACGUGAAAUACAAGAAGAAGAUUGAGGCAAUGGUCAGGCGACCCGACACAUCUGAGACGGAGGAGGCCGUGACCCCAUGCCCUUUCUGUGAAUUUCCUCUCCCAGAGUGUGAGCUCCUCUGUCCUGGUUGUAAAAAUAACAUCCCAUAUUGCAUUGCGACUGGUCGACACAUGUUGAAAGAUGACUGGACGGUGUGCCCACACUGUGACUUCCCUGCCCUGUACUCAGAAUUUAAGAUCAUGUUAAAUACUGAAAACACAUGCCCGAUGUGCUCAGAGAGGUUAAAUGCUACUCAGCUGAAAAAAUUUUCAGACUGUACCCAGUACCUGUACACAGAGGUGGAGCCGUGAACAGCCUGCAGGUAAGAGCCAGCUCAGCCACCUGCCUCCCA